AUAUUAUUUAAGGAGGAAUCAAUUUUGAAUAACUGGAGAAGCUGACAUGAACAUAGCGGUAAGAACGACCACAACACUGCAGACUGAAGACCAUGGAAGUGUCCACAAUGGCUUAUCUGGAUGAUGAACUUUCUUGGAGUCCACCUUCUGAGGCAGAACUCAAAGUUAAUGAGGCCAGACGGGAACGCAAUAACAAGAUAUCAUCUGUAAUGGGACAAUAUCUUCUAAAGGGAUACAAAAUGUUAGCUACAACUUGUCCUGUUUGUGAAUGUGUCUUGUUAGAGGACCGAAUGACAAACAAAUAUUGCAUCGGAUGUUGUGAGGUUGAUGCUGACACCAAGAAAGACAAUCCAGCUGUGAGUGAACAAGCAGCCAGAAGAGCAGUGGAAGAAACUCAACAUAGACAGAAUCCUGAAACAGAGUUGUCUGUUUUACUAGCAAAAGGAGGUAAUUCUCAACAAAUGUCAUCGGUAGCCACUUCACAGACUGAUCCGACACAUACAUCCCAGUCAGUGGCCACGUCUACUACGGACACUAAUACUAGUUCUGAAAAUCAUUCGAAGAAAAGCAUUAUUGUUCAUGGCGUCAACCUAUCUGAAGAUGCAACGGCAACCAUAAAUGUACUCCGAGAGAAGCUAGUUUGGGCAAAAAACCAGCUGCUGGCCACAACGAGUGUUCAUGAAGCACAAAAACUUGUUGAACUUAUUACUGAAGUCUGCAAGGCUAUUACUGCACUUAGAGAUCUUUAAUUGUAUUGUUAUAAAACUAUUAAAACAAGUGUGAUAUGUGUG